UAAUAUAUCUGAGUGAAUCGCGCAAAGCAGAAGCUAACAGUAUCAUCAUCAGUGAUCAAAACAAAUCUGAGUUCGCUUUAACGAUGGCUCCUGUUGCUCCUCGAACUGGCGAUGCAAUAUUUGCUAACAUUGAACGCGUUAAUGCGGAGCUCUUUACUCUCACAUAUGGUGCAAUUGUUCGUCAAUUGCUCACAGAUCUCGAAGAGGUUGAUGAAGUCAACAAGCAGCUAGAUCAAAUGGGUUAUAAUAUUGGAAUCCGUUUGAUUGAUGAGUUUUUGGCUAAAUCUAAUGUCUCAAGGUGUGUUGAUUUCAGAGAGACUGCUGAUGUCAUUGCAAAGGUUGGUUUUAAAAUGUUCCUCGGUGUUACCGCAUCCGUGACCAAUUGGGAUGCUGAAGGGACUACUUGUAGUAUUAUUUUGGAGGAUAAUCCUUUGGUAGACUUUGUUGAGCUUCCUGACAACUAUCAAGGUCUAUACUACUGCAACAUAUUAAGUGGAGUCAUUAGAGGAGCCUUAGAUAUGGUGUCAAUGAAGGCUGAGGUCACUUGGCUACGAGAUGCGCUUCGAGGUGAUGAUGUGUUUGAGUUGCAAGUAAAACUUCUCAAGCAAGUUCCAGAAGAGUAUCCAUAUAAGGAUGAUGAGUAAUAUGUUUUGUAAUGUUGUACUUCAUAAUUUCCCAAGUAUUAGAUUAUCAUCUUUCUGCCUUUGAAACUAUAAAUACAACAGAAAAUCUUUAAUUAACUCAUUAUGAUAUUGCCUUUGACAGCCGGUUAGGAUCUGUACUUAUUUUCGAAAAGCCCUUUAAAUGCUUAAAACUGUUCUUUGUUCUCUUCAUCCUUGUUAUGUCAUAGACUUGAGGCGUUUCACACCUA